AACGGAUUAACGGAUGAUCAUGAACGACCUGAAUUGAGCAGCCUUACGGCUAAUCGGCCAGAUCACGCGCCGAGAUGUACUAAGCAUCGGCGACUGGAUCAGAGAUGUUACUCGUAUCAGGAUUACACGAAUGACUCUAUUUCAAUCUUAGUUCACUGCAAGACCUUGAACAGGAGUAAUUGGAGGAAAAGUUUCGAGAAACAUCACUAUCGACUUCAAUAGAUGAACUCAAAAGCACGAUCGAAACUUAUGAUCAGCCUAGGCCUAUUGAGCCCGAGCCUGCCCGAGUCCGGCCGGACCUGCCUUCUUGAGAUUUCGGUAGCGUCAGGUCUCGAAAGUUCGUACUGUGCGAUCACCUGGACUCUGCAAUGUCAAGGAAACACUUCCGUCCCUGGCAUAAAUUUGGAAGCCGAAAUUAGUCUGAUCACGUCAGGUGUAUGUUUUCGACAGUUUCUGUUUUUAGCCUGACGGAAGUUGAGUUUUACCGAACACUUUAAAAGCAACACUGGUUCCCUCAAGAUCCUUCAUUCAAACAAUUCAUUCAGCAUGGCCCCAUUGGUAUUCUCUGUUUUCGGUGCCACUGGGACACAAGGUAUCCCGGAUUUCUAUUUCGAUGAAGCUGGUCGCCUCAUCUGCAUUGGGCAGGUGCGAGUGUGGUGAACGCGAUUCUCGCCGAUGGGACGUUUCAGGCGCGUGCGUUCACGCGCAAUCCCAGCUCCAAGGCAUCGCAGGAGCUGAAGCGACGAGGUGCGGAGGUGGUGAAGGGCGAUAUGGGAUCCGAUCGGCCAUCGUUAGUCGAUGCGCUGCGAGGAAGCAAGGCUGUGUUCUUGGUGCGCACAUGGUUGUGUCGAGCCCCAUCUCGCCGUGGGGUGAUUGAUGGGAGGCUCAAUUGCGCUCGGCGUUCCAGGUGACCGUGCCAAUUUUCGAUGGCGCCAGCACAUCCGAGAAGGAUCAAGGGAUCAACGUCAUCGAAGCGUCAAAGGAGGCUGGGGUCGAGUUCCUGGUAUUCAGUUAUUUGCCGAGUGUCAUCGAAGCCUCGAAUGGAAGGUACAAGGCAGUUUCGCAUUACGAAGACAAAGCGGCACUGAAGGACUAUCUGAAGACCGCUGGCCUUCCGUAUGCAAUGAUCCAGACGGGUUUCUUCCUGGAAAACUUCUGGAACCACCAUUCCCUCAACAAGGUCGAUGGCGGCCUCGAGCUCAGCGUUCCAAUACCUGGAGACGUGGCGGACAUAUUCACCUGGGUCAGCCGUGACGUAGGCGUCGUCUCUCACGCGGUGGCCCGCGCCUAUGUCAGCGGAAACUCGAGCGUCGUUGGCAAAUUGUUUCCGGUCAUCAACGCGUUCACUGACUUCAAUACUAUCGCGGAGAGGAUGUCAAAGGGUGAACGGUGUGGUUUUCGCUUUUACUGGACAAGGCUGAUGAGCCAUCCAUCGUUCACUAGCGCUCGGUGUACCUGUGAAGUACUCUGAGAAACCCCGGCCCGGAAUUCCACCCCUGGAUGAGAUGGUGAGUGUUUGUCAAGAUACCAGCUCAAAAGGGGUGCUUAUGCUCUCCGAGUUUGCUGCACACUCGGAGUUUACUGCUGGCCUUCUUCCUGACACAACCCUGCCGAACCCCGAUCUUGUUGCUCUGGGCGUCAAACUAGGAACUGUCGAGGAAUUUUUGGAGGCCGAGGUGAGGGGCAGGUUUGGCAUUUAGUCAAUCGCGUUUCGGAGAAAUAAAUGAAUCUUCAAUCAUUGGGUCGCUAUUCUCACUCAUCCAUCAAUCAUUACAACUUUGAUAUUGCAGAGAAGGGAUUUCAACAGAUGAGAACCGAAUAUAGCUAGCUCAUGCAGUCGACCGGCUCCGCAAGCAACCCGCAUGUUGGAGACUGAUUAAGCGCAUUUGGAAGAUUGCGUGCCGAAUUCGGUCACCGUCAGACUGGAAACUGAACACGAAAAUCGAACAUUAUGCACGUGAUGACGCUGUGACGGCCGAAGUAUUGAUUUCGUGUCUUCAAAUGAAAGAGUGAGCCAACUCUCAUCUAUUUGCGGCAGCUCCUUGAUCCCGACCGAACGUGGCCCUCUUACUGUGAGUCAACGUUCGAACCAAGUCCGAGACCCAACACAGCCCUCUUUCGGAUCCAUGUCAUCCGUGUUACUCAUCCGUCAACUUUGUUCUCUACUCCCAUGUCCCAUCCCAUAUUCUCUGUAUUCGGUGCAACGGGCACUCAAGGCUCGAGCGUCAUCAACGCUAUUCUCGCCGAUGGGAACUUCCAGGCUCGCGCAAUCACACGCGAUCCGGCCUCCAGCGCAGCGCAGGCACUUCUGAAACGAGGCGUAGAUAUCGUCAAGGGCGAUACGUGCGCCGAUGCAGACACGUUGGUCGAUGCGCUGCGGGGGAGCAAGGCUGUGUUUCUAGUCACAGUUCCCGCAGUUUUUGGUGCCGCGGCGGACGAGAAGACACAAGGGAUUAACGUCAUUGAGGCUGCGAAGAAGGCAGGUGUUGAGUUUCUCGUGUUCAGCUCUCUUCCGAGUAUCAUCGACGCGUCGAAAGGGAAAUACACGGCAGUUGCGCACUACGAUCAUAAGGCUGAAGUCGAGCAGUACCUCAAGACCACAGGGCUCGCGCACGCGUCCAUUCUCACUGGCUCAUUUCUGGAUAAUUUCUGGACCUACGGUGCGCUCAAGAAAACGGAGACAGGCUAUGAGCUCUCCGUUUCUUACCCGCCCGCUGCGAAGGAGACAUUCACCUGGGUAGGCCGCGACGUGGGCAUUGUUUCGCUUGCUCUGGCAAAAGCAUACGUCAGUGGAAACACCAGUGUCGUCGGGAAAUCCUACCCGAUCGUCAAUGUCUCGACCAGCUUCUCGCACUUGAGCGAAUUGAUCGAAAAGAAACUCGGAGUUCCCGUGAAAUACGUUCAGUCACCUCCCAGUGGGCUCAAAUCUAUCGACGAGAUGUUUGCUGCACAUGAAGAACAUGAAGGCUUCCUGGGCGGCACCCCCAUUCCGAACCCAGAUCUGGUUGCACUGGGGGUCCAGCUUGGAACACUGGAGCAAUUCCUGGAUGUGGAAGUGAAGACUCGUUUCGGUGCGUGAAGUUAAGCAAGGUGGUACGGACUAGUAUGUACAUCAAUGGUCAUUGUGCAACAGUAUGUACUGAUAUCGAAUCCAAUCACUGUUCGUUUAAUCAA